CCCUCAGUCCGCGGAGGACCCCCGGACACACGGAGCGGACCGAGGUGCGCUCGCCUCCGUUAAAGACGCACUUUUCUUUACGCAUGUGGUUCUUCAGUGGAUCUGUUGGAGAUGUUUACAUGGCAGGAGAGCCGCUCAUGACAUCUUUAGAGAGCAAGAAUGAAAAUAAGAUGUGGUCACCACAUCCAUAGGUUGAGACACAGGUGUUUCCUGUUCUCUCUGUCUCUGCUCGCUGUCUGUCUGCUCAAACUGGUCUACAUCAAAGUCACCGUGAGGGACAGCGUCUACAUCGAGCCGUAUGGGAUCACCAGCAGUAAAGCCAGGAACCACCUCCACAGGUACGACAUUAACUGCACGGCCGUCUACGAGCUGGACCCGGUGGAGAUCGGGAAAGCUCUGCAGAUAAAACGCAAAGUGAUCGUGGAGCUGGACGACGAGAGCGUCGUGAGUCUGACUGCGGACUGUCAGACGUUUAUCAGAGCGAGGAGUUACAACGAUGUUCCUGUGUCUGAGGCGGAGCGGGGCUUCCCAUUGGCUUACUCUCUGGUGGUUCAUAAAAACGCCCCCAUGGUGGAACGGAUCCUUCACGCCAUUUACGCCCCUCACAACAUCUACUGCAUCCACUAUGACCAGAAGUCGUCUCCAGCGUUUGUGAAGGCUGUCAAAAACCUUGCUCAGUGCAUGCCAAACGUCUUUAUUGCCUCUAAGCUGGAGUCUGUGGAAUACGCUCAUAUCAGCAGGCUCAAUGCCGACCUCAACUGCAUCUCUGAUCUGCUGAGGUCAGAGGUCAGGUGGAGGUAUGUCAUCAAUCUGUGCGGUCAGGACUUCCCUCUGAAGUCAAACUACGAGCUGGUGGCGGAGCUAAAACAGCUGAACGGCAGCAAUAUGCUGGAGUCGAGUCGGCCCAGCGAGCUGAAGAAACAACGCUUCAGCUUCAAACAUGAGCUGAGAAAUGUGCCGUACGAGUACCGACGCAUUCCUGUCAAAACCACCGCCGCCAAACAGGCUCCACCCCACGGGAUCGAGGUGUUCAUCGGCAGCGCAUACUUUGUCCUGUCCAGGGACUUUGUGGAUCAUAUCAGCAGCAGCGUCGUGGUGAAGGACUUCCUGUCGUGGUCGGCUGACACGUACUCGCCAGAUGAACACUUCUGGGCCACCCUGGUCCGGAUUCCCGGGCUGCCUGGACACGUUCCCAGGUCAGAGGCGGACAUCACAGACCUCAGGAGUAAAACACGACUCGUAAAGUGGAACUACUUAGAGGGGAAUCUUUACCCAGCAUGCACCGGGACACACAUGAGGAGUGUUUGCAUCUAUGGAGCAGCUGAACUUCGCUGGCUGCUCAACUUCGGACACUGGUUCGCUAACAAGUUCGACCCUAAAGUGGACCCAGUCCUGAUCAAGUGUUUGGAGGAGAAGCUGAUGGAGAAACGUCAGAGUGUGAAAACAUGAAACUGAAGGAACUAGAGCAGUAAAAAUAUUUAUUUUGUGUUGAAAUAAAGGUGCUAAUGUGAUGAGAAACAUCUGCUGAGUAACGUCUGAGACCUGAUUCACUGAGAAUGGAUUGUGGUCGCUAAUAUCUCCUAAAGUUGCUCAUCAUUUACUCUCCUUGUCUAAUUCACAAAGUAUAUAGCUCUUAUAAUAUUCAGACACAAACACUCUCAGCAUGAGAGUGCUCAAGUAUAUUGAGUGACCAGACUCUAAAGAUGUAAUAUGAUGAGUUUCACAGUUUUAACACAAAGCUUCCUCCCUGAAUGGAGCAAGAAUGGACAACUAAAAAAGCACACACUCACAUCAUCGUCAUGGUAGCGGCUCUCAACACAUGUGGAUGAAGUGUUGAGCUGCUGACAGCCCACACUAUUAAUAAUAGUAAGGUGAAAGUAAUUUUACAGGCUUAACUUACAGAUAAUUUAUUUGAAGUCAAACAGAGGUGUAAAUGUUUUCCUGAUCACUGGAAAGUUUAAGCGUGACAUCUCUUAUAAGUACUGCUGCACAGUUACCACCAACUUUCAACAGACGGUCAUUUUCCGUGCGUGACUGUUAGAACUUUUUUUUUUAAUUAGACAGUUUGUUGAUUUGAUGCUGCGUAGAAAGGGGCAAAUGUUAAAUCUGUCAAUUCGUCAAAAUAUACAAAAACAGCACAUGCACAGAGACGCUGUUUGCUCGUCAUCACAGUCAGGGGAAUGUUUAACCCUGAGUGUGUGUUUUGUGAAUGAAACAGUGUCCUCUUGGCUCUUUUUCACAGGUUUGACUGACACUCAAAACGCACAAUCCUUUUGUGAAUCAGGGCCUCAGUUUUUUUUUUUUCAUGUUUUUUAAGUCUAACUAUUUCACUUGUGUUCAAAAUGGAAAUAGUUUUCAAUGAAAAAUUAUAAAGAAGACGUGUGGGUCAUAAAAACGUAUGUUGUCGACCAUUUGAACCACAUGCAACAUUUGACUAAAGGAGUCAUUUAAUUUGUUCUAAAGGAAGAAUAUGCAACAUUUUACACAUACAGUACCAGUCAGAUGUUUGGACACACAUGAUUGAAAUGCAUGUUAUUAUCUUCUGGACAUUUUAAUCUAAAGGCUUAUGCUUAAAGCUUAUGCUUAGGUGAAGUUGAUGCCUAACUUCACUUAAAAUGUGGAAAAUAGUAAAAAUAAGAGAAACCCUUCUGUUAGUAGGUGUGCUCUAGAUACAGCUAGUAUACUGUACUAUUGAUAAUACUGUUACUGUUGUGUGUCCAAACUUUUGAUUGGUAGUGUAAAUGGAGUCAUGACUGAGUAAGAAGUGCAUGUCCUGCUGGUUGUGUUGUUGUGAGAGCCGUGUUUACAUCAUUUUACAUGGACAGGACGUCUGGCUCCUCCCCUUGUGUAUAAAGCUGUUUUAGUCAAGGACCAGAAAAUAGAAGAAUAAUAUACUCACUGCUCAUUUGGAUGUCACAUGAAGUUUUUAGAUCACAGUCAUUCAGUGUAAAUUUACAUGCAAUGUGAAGCUAAAAGCUAACUAAAGAGCGCUAACAUUAGCCUGCUAACACAACAAUGCAGGACACAGACAAAUGCUGCUCGAGCAAAGGACAAUUUUGUCCGCCUCAAGCUCAGCGCCUGACUCGGAUGAAGGUGUGUCGCUGGAGGAGAGCGGAGGUUUCAUUAUUGCGGAGGUGUUGCAUAACAGCAGUUUGUUUUGGCUUCAUGCUGGGGCUCAAUGACGACAUCUACUGGAUCAAAAGGUCACACAUUCUUCCUUUAAAGCAACAUUUCAAAUAUGUUGUUGUUUUUUAAGAUUUAUUUUUUACAGUGUGGUGCUAUGAAGGUUCUCUCUUUAUGAUACUUUUUUUAUUUAGUAUAAAGCACUGUGAGUCAACAACUGUUACUAACACCUAGCAGAAGUAAACGUGUCUUUGUUCUGUAAGUUUACCAAGAAACUCCAUCCUAAUAACAUCUGCCAUGUACUGUGACAUUCAUAAACAAGUCUGUUUUUUGUUGUUGAAUGGUUUUAGACGCUGAUCCAUCACUCAGUGCAGAAACGCCAAAGACUCAUGUUGUUCUCAUGUGUUCUGGAAAAUUAAAGGGAAUUUUCACCACGUUUUAAUAAUGA